GCAGCAGCAGCAGUCUGAGUGUUUCCUGCUGACAUUUGUUUUCUGCAGCUGAUCGUAGUUUGGCUUCGAUUCAGAAACUCUGAUAUCGUCUGAACCAGUCCGGUGUUUGUCCUUGUGAGGGUGAAUCGAGCUGAUCGACAUGAACCACCUCCUGAAAGUUCCCCUUCUGGCCAGCCGAGCCUUCAGCAGCUCUGCCAGACAGCUGAGGAACAAAGUCCCCGAAGCCCAAAAACUCUUCCAGGCCGACAACGGCCUGCCAGUCCACAUCAAGGGAGGAACCGGUGACGUCCUGCUGUACAGGGCGACCAUGACGCUAACCAUCGGAGGAACCUGCUACUCUGUCUACUGGCUGCUCGUCGCCUCUAUGCCUCAGAAGAAGGCGUAGAGGCCAAGAAGAGCUCGGCUCGGUCUAUUUCACCGAGAGUUUGGCUCAGUCUAACGCUAAUGUUUGAUUUUAGCAGCAUCUGUCCUUGUUUCAUGUCAGAGAUGUAAAAAAAACUGUAAAAUAUUAAACUCCUCCAGCGUU